AUGAAACCCACUUAUAGUAAAGAACCAUCUGUUGUCGCUCAAGAAUUCAAUGAAUUUUUUACAUCUGUUGGCCUAAAUGUGGUGGAAAAAGCUAGGGAAUACAUAACCAUCUACGAUCUCCCCCCCUUUACUGAACACUUGAAUACUACUAAUGCUGGGGAGUCUUUAACAUUCUUCUGCGAGCCUGUGUCUUGUGAGACAAUUGGGAAUAUUAUUUCAGCUAUGCCUAAAAAUAUAGCUCCGGGACUCGAUAAAAUUACUUUGAACUUCAUAAUAGAUUGUUUGCCAUAUAUUAUUCAGCCUAUCACUGACAUUAUUAACUCUAGCUUGACUCAAGGCAUAUUUCCUAAAGCUUGGAAGAUAGCGGAGAUUAUACCCAUCCCUAAGACCGACAAAGUGGAACCUGCCAGUAACAACUGCCCCAUUUCAUUACUACCGAUAUUAUUUAAGAUUUGCGAGCGCGUUAUACAUCAACAGUUCACAAACCGUCCAACUAUUAAUAAGCUUUUGUCAACCCAUCAGAACGGUAAUAAACAAUAUCAUUCAACUGAGACAUUGGGCCUCCAAAUAACUGAUGAUAUACUUAAUGCUAUGGACUGCAAAGACAUUACAGCUAUGAUCUUGUUAGAUCUCAGUAAAGCCUACGAUAGUAUUAGCCAUUCUGUUUUGGUGGCUAAACUUAAAAGUAUUGGUGUCUCUGGGAUUACGUAUUAG